UUGUAAAAAAAAAAACACUGACAAAAUAAAGAAAAGGAAAAUCUAGGAAAAUUGCCGGCAAGGAUUCUUUUUAGCUAAAUUAGUGAUUACAUACUCUUUGAGCUAAAUAGCGAUAGCGAGCGGGAACCUGCACAGAAAUACCUACCUACUUAAAUAGAAAUUCGAGUGAAUGAAUAUAAAAAUCGGAUGUAUGCUAAUAUUUAAACAAAGACAUACAUAGAACUCUUCACUAAAAGUAAAUUAAAGAAUAAGUAUGUCUCAAAUAUUAGAAAUAGAUGGGAGCGUGUUAGAAGGGGGGGGUCAAAUUCUACGGAUUUCCAUAUCGCUUAGUGCUAUUCUCGGUGUACCAGUACGGGUGAUAAACAUACGCGCCGGACGCAGCAAGCCGGGAUUAGCUGCACAACAUUUGAAAGGAAUUGAACUUGUAGCAGACAUGUGCCAAGCAAAGUUGAGAGGUGCCAGUAUAGGCUCCACUGAAAUUGAGUUCAUACCGGGCAAAAUAAAAGGAGGACACUAUGUAGCUGAUACUAAAACAGCCGGCUCAAUAAGUCUAUUACUGCAAGUGGCACUCCCAUGCGCUCUGUUUGCGGAUUCCCCGGUGACAUUGGACCUGAAGGGUGGCACCAACGCAGACAUGGCGCCACAGAUAGACUACAUGGAGCGAGUGUUCAGGCUCGCGCUCAGACACUUUGGAGCUGACUUCAAUAUGACUAUACUGAGGAGAGGUUAUUUUCCAAAAGGCGGAGGCCAUGUCCGCGUAGAAGUGAGUCCAGUGCGAUCUCUAAGGAGCAUCAACCUCACAGAGCGAGGCACUGUAAAGGAAAUCACAGGCACCAGCUUUGUAGCUGGAACCUUGCCUAUAAAGUUGGCGUACUUGAUGGUGGACGGCGCGCGACGCGAGCUGGGCUGUGACGCGCAGAUACACUGCUACCAAGAAGACCGCCAGAUGGCGCCGCACAACUGCAAUGGCAUCAUUCUGUCAUCCACUUUAUCUUCGGGUUGCGUAUUGGGCAGUGACGCGUUGGGCAAGCGCGGAGUGGACGCGACCGACGUUGGGCGGAAGGCGGGCGAGGAGCUGCGGCGAGCGUUGGACAGCGGCGCCUGCGUUGACCCUCAUACGCAGGACCAACUGAUACUGUACAUGACGUUAGCGGAGGGCCGCUCGGUGGUGCGCGCCGGCGACGUCACCCUGCACACCAAAACUGCCAUACACAUCGCGCAAAUCAUUGCUAAGGUUCAAUUCAGUAUACAACUGGAGGGAGAUCACAACUUCAUCGAAUGUACUGGUUUAGGGCUUAUUAACAAAAAUAUACCCCAGGAAUAGUAAUUUUUGACAUAUUGUAAUAAAUUGUGAUGCUUUCGUAAUUUCUGUACAUGCAAAAAUACUUGUAAAUGUUUAUCUGAAUUUAAAAAAAAAUCUACUCUGACGGGCUGAAACGAUGAGUCUCGAUUCUCUAGUGAAUGCCGCUAGAGUUAAUGUUAAAACAGAAAUGUUUUAAACUGCCAUAAAAAGACGCUUUGUGGUUAUAUUUAACCUUAUUUAAUAUUUAACUAAUUAGCUAUAUGAAUACCUACACAUAGUAUAAUGUAAUAUUAUAUUUGUGAUAUUUAAAAUAAUAAUGAUAAUGAACAGUGUUUGUUGAUUUUGUAGCGUUGAUCAUUUUAUAUUUGUUUGAAGUGGAUGAUUAAAUGAAACACAUAAUAAUUUGGACAUUUUUAUUUAAAAUAGAUAUUAUACACCACCUGUAUUACUAGCGUCCAAGUCCAUAAUAUACGUGACGUAAUUUAAAUUCGAUUUAAUUAUACAAUAAUUAUAAUUAUUCAUAUAUUUUUCCGUCAGGCAACACUGACGCCCUGUGAGAAUGUGAUCUUAUCCUAUGAUUGUGAUUUCGUUUCUUCGAUUUAUAUAUACAAAACAAAGGUUUUCUGUAUAUGAAGCCGGCGCCGGACCGCUUUGUGUAUCUAAACAAAAUCAACCCAUUACCGGUUCAUUACUGAGUACGAGUCUCGCUGGCCAAGUGCGGAUUGGCAGACUUAAGAUACCUUUCGAAAACAUUAUGCAGAACUCUCAGGCUACGCUUUGCUUCGCUUUAGUGGAUAGUUAGACCAAGGCUAGG